AAGGGUUUUCUUACGCUCGUUUUGGUGAUGGAGGAGCAGAGGCUGUUUUAGAGCGCAGGGGGCGCUGCUGAGCUCGGUGUUGUCAAAUGCACACAAAAAGCAAACCUGUGCAUGAAAACGAGGAUAAAUAAUAACAAGUGUGCUUUAUUCUGCCUCCUAGGACGGUGUUUGUGUUUUGGCGUUUCAGCUGCAGCCGCGCGCUCGCGCAGGAUUAGCUCUUUUAGCUGCUAUAACAGGCACCAAAUAUAUGGCACUCUAAAACUGUCAGAGCAGCCGUUCCCUCUGAAUGGGCGACACGUGGAAAAUCUGCUUCUCAGUGAGAGGCUCGCUCCUCUGCCAGAACAUCGCAGUGUCACAAACCAUCUUUUAUUUUUUUUCUCCUCCAAACCGAUCUCCUCGGGGCAAUGACUGCCUCCAUUAAUGAUUCACAGGCUCAAAUAAAAGGGAUUUAAGUUGACGUUGUGUCACGUGAGCACGGAGCGCAUACUACUGCGCCGUGUUAUGGCACUGGGAGGAAAACCGGAGCCCCGGUCUGGCCAUAUGAUGCAGAUUAUAUGCUGGUUACCCCCACUUUCCGGGAGGGGAGUCCUGGCUUUGUAGUUUGAUUAUCGAGGGGGGAGAAAAAGGAGAAAAAAGAAAGUAGAUAGAAGCGAGACGGGCUGGAAGCAGAGAGGAUCCCGGCGUGGUGUGGCUGUGUUCUGCUGUCACGGACGGAUAUGUUUUCCACGCGGAACGACUCAGAGCUCCAGCUUUGGGAGGAUGGAUUUUAUUUUGAGGUAUUUCCGCCUAUUGUUCAUUGCUGUCGUGAGUUAUUGCUGCGCGAGGGAGAGGUCAGCGAGAAAAGGGCUCCUUGUUGUGGUGUGAAGGAGGAAAAAUAUCAAAAGCUGUCGAAAUUCAGAUUCAGCAGAAAAUGUGUGCCGAUGUAAAUUUUUUAUCAUUUCUUAUUAAAACAAGUGAUCGGGUGGUUUAUGACGUAAUAAUUGAAACGUUGUUGUAUUUUAUCCUAAACGCAUGAUUAGUUUUUAGCAGGAAUUUGAUGUUUUCUUCUAAUCAGCAUCCAUUUGGACAAACGGGCCAUUUAUCGGCUUCCAAGCAGAGCGCGCGGGGGUGCACGGGCUCAACCUGUCCCAUAAAACAAAACAGCGCGUCUUUACGCUGUUUUAUGUGUGCGUAAACGAUACAUCAAGACAAUCUCCAUAAAAACUGUUAAAACAAAGGAAGUUGUUGAGAGCGGAGGGGUUGUGUCGCUCCGCCGGGGAAAUGAGGAUAUAAUGGAAGACGGAGUACCAUCCAGGACCGCGCGGCCGCGCGGAGGUCACGGCGCUCCUGCUUGAUUUAUGGGCCCAGGGACUUGGGGAAGAUGGUGAGCGCGAGCUAAUGACUAUUCGAUCCGUUGGUGGAGGAGAGAGACUCCCGAGCAGCAGGAAAACAACAAACAGCCUAUUUACAUAGAACUCAUUAGUGUUAUUAAGGUGAUGAGUAGAAAGGUUUAACCCGGAUGCUUCUGAACAAAAUCCUAUCAGAAUAUUCCUGGUAUUUAUUUUCAUAAAUUUGGUUUUCUGUAACAUUUCAAACUUUAACAUUUUUCUAUAAUUAAAACAUUUCUUUAACAUUAAUAAAACAUUUUAAUAUUGUUGUAUUAAAAUGGAACAUUUUUAUCCUAAAACAUAUCUGAAUAAAUUUAAAAAAGAUCUAAAAUUAUUCUAAAGGUUUUUCUACAACUACCAGAAUAUUUAUCAUAAUUUGAAGAAGUUUUCUGUUUCCACUAUUUAAACGCGGCCUAAUUCCGUUCUCUGUGAGACGAAACAAUAAUUAUAAAAAUCGAUUCUGAAUAUAAAAUCAGCCCAAACAUAAAACACGCGGUAUCUUACGGAGAAACUAGCGUUAAAUAAAACAUUUACGUCUAAAACGUGAACGCAUUUGUCUUUGUGCUCGUUGUAGAAUCCCAGCAGAGUGAAGUAAGGCCACCUCCCGGUGUCGGAAACACCCUGAGCUGCUUUCGGUUAAUCCAAAGAGGCCAUUGGCGGAGAGGCGUCACGUGACCACGGGGUGCCAAUGUUAUUCUACAAGGGUGUCAAGACCCUGUCAGUUUCUGAAAUAAAUAUUGGGAAACGGCGAGAUGCAAAAGGCAACCUACUACGACAGCUCCGCAAUUUACAGUGGCUACCCGUAUCAAAGCGCAAAUGGCUUCGGUUAUGAUGCCAAUCAGGUCCAAUAUCCCCGGGCCUCUCAUGUGGAAAGUGAGUACCAUCGACCUGCCUGCUCCCUGCAGUCUCCCGGCGGAUCCGUGGCUCUACAGAAGCCGGGUGAGAUGGCGGAGAGCUGCGACAGGACCACGGCCAUGCAGGCGGCGCAGCCCAAGGUCCUCCCCGAAAGCAAUCAAGCACCGGUGGCAGGCCCACCCCCUCCCUCACAGUCCCCCGGUGCCCUCAGCCAAAACGCAAGCAACGGGUCCACCCAGGCCGGUGCGAAGAACGGCUCCCCGACCUCCUCGGGCCGCAGCAAGCAGAUUUUCCCCUGGAUGAAGGAGUCCCGUCAGAACACGAAGCAGAAACCAGCCAGUAGCUCCAGUUCAGUGGAGAGUUGCCCCGGAGACAAGAGCCCACCAGGGUCAGCAGCAUCAAAGAGGGCCCGGACAGCUUACACCAGCGCGCAGCUAGUGGAGCUGGAGAAGGAGUUCCACUUCAACCGGUAUCUCUGCAGGCCCAGGAGGGUGGAGAUGGCCAACCUGCUCAACCUCACCGAGAGACAGAUCAAGAUCUGGUUCCAGAACCGCAGGAUGAAGUACAAGAAGGACCAGAAAGGCGUUGGGAUGAUGCCUUCUCCUGGUGGACAGUCCCCACGGAGCCCAGUAGGCCCUGCUUCUGGUGGGGGAGGUGGUGGGGGAGGUGGAUACCUCAGUUCUAUGCAUUCUCUGGUUAACAGUGUCCCAUACGAGUCCCAGUCACCGACCUAUAACAAACCCCAUCAGAACGCAUACGGUAUGGCUACGUCAUACCCCCCUCCUUUGAACAACUCCUUGAACAACUGCCCCCCCUCCCAGAAGAGGUACCCAGGCACAGACUCGGCCACGCCCGAGUAUGACGCGCACGCGCUCCACGGAAGCGGAAACUACGGGACUCACAUGCAGGGCAGCCCCGUGUAUGUCGGCGGGGGCUACAUCGAUUCGGUGCCCAGCUCCGGUGCGUCGGUUUUCGGCCUGACCCACCUCCCGCACCCGCCGUCCGCAAACAUGGAGUAUAAUGGCGCAAUCACAAUGGGCAACAGUCAACACCACGGAGUGUGUGACCCCACACCGACGUACACAGACCUAACGCCGCACUACUCUCAGGGAAGAAUCCAGGAAGCGCCCAAACUGACGCAUCUGUAGCGGAGGCGCAGCGCGGAUCAGUCCGCCCAUUGUCUCCAUCCACCUCCAGACAUUUACCCGCUUUGUUUCUGCUGCGCCUCCUCACGGCCUCCACCUUCUCCCCGAUGCUUUUGUUUAUGUUCUCUAUAGUUUAUGUGUGAAGUAGCAGUAGGAUAAAUAAUCACGGAUUUUCCUCUAUUUGCGUGUCUGACAGUAAGACGGGGGAGGGGGGGGGGGUUACGUCAUUAGCGUAUUUAAUCUUUUCUUUAAGAACAAACCUCUUGUUUUAAAUCUCAAACAGGGUAUUAUGAACUCAUGUUAGUCAUUUGAAUGUGAAUCUGACCGUUCUUUAUCCGCAUUUGAAGAAUUGUUUGUAUUUUUUUGCAUUUUGUUGCACUUCCUGAAAAGCCACGGAGUUUGGGAUUGAGAGGGAAUCCGCCCUGAAGGAAAACCGUCCUGUUUUGUUCCAUUUCUGUUAUUUAUUUGAUGCUUUCUGUAAAAGACACCCACGCUGACUCUUUAGUAUUAUCUGACACUCCUCCAUGUUUGUGUGGAGGCUUGGUGGGAAACGAUCCUCGGCCGUUUUCAGCCCAUAAGCACGCAUCCUCAGCAGAACCGAACCGGGCCGAACCAUGUCUCCAUGUUUCUUCUCCGAGGAGUUUUAUCCCAUUUUAUUUUCUCAGCGAUUGUAAGAAUCAAUCAGUCAUGCAAUAAGGGUGGAAGAAGGACACGUUUGCAUUUUCUUUAUUGAAUAAAAGACAAACACACGUCA